AUGCCGGUUAGUAAAACUUACCAACCGGAUAGAUUAAUCUGGCAUUUUACUAAAUCGGGGAAAUAUUCCGUCAAAUCCGGUUACCGGUUAGCUCGGGAAUUGAAUAUGGAUGUAGAGUAUGGGCCGACGUGUACGGCUUUGCGGGCUCAAUCAUGGAAACUUGAUGUACCCUCCAAGAUCCAACACUUUUUUUGGCAGAUUGGAUCGGGUACUCUACCAUUGCUAGAACGUCUUGCACAUCGGGGUGUUCGUUGUGAUACCAUGUGUAAGAGAUGCAAUUCUGGAGUGGAAACUAUAAAUCAUGCGCUCUUUGAGUGUCCAAGGUCUCGAGGUGUUUGGGAGUUGUCCUCUGUCCGGAUGGACCCAUGGGGUUUUCCAUACACAUCGAUUUAUGCGAAUUUAGACUUUAUUUUUUGGCGGGCGUCUUCGCAAUCCUGGGUCUCGGAUAUAGGCAUUCAACUACCUUGGAUUAUUUGGUCAAUUUGGAAAGAUAGGAAUAAAAAGGUUUUCCAGGGUUUUGAGGUAGAGCCUCUUGAGAUUUUGAAUCAAGCAGCUACUGAUAAAUUAUUGUGGGAGGAGGCCAAGUCUUACUCAGCGAAUUAUCUGGAACCUCCGACUUUUGUGGAGGAUAGGGCAUCCUCUCUCCUAUGCCAAAUUGAUGGUUCAUGGAAAGGUACAGACCCCUUCCAGGGUUUGGGUUGGUGGUGUUGCAGUGGAGAGCUUACAACGAUCCUGUUGGGUGCACGGAGUCAUUAUCGGAGUAUAUCUCCAUUACAUGCAGAACUACAAGCGCUGAUCUGGGCUAUGGAGUCUUUACUGGUGGCUGGAGUAGAUUGUCAAGCUUUCGAGACGGAUAGUGUAGAGUUGUUGGCAAUGGUGCAGAAGCCGGAAGAUUGGCCGGCUUUUUCUACUCUGUUGGAGGAUUUCUCUCUACUUCGGAGUUCCUAUCCCUCAUUUUCCCUCACCAAGAUUCCACGUGAUGCCAACGUCAGAGCCGAUUGCCUAGCUCGCUCCUCAUGA